AUGACGCACUGCUUCGGAUCGUACACCGACGAUUUCUCGCAGAUCACCGCCUCCUGUCAGUCGCUGAACACCGAGCAGCGGCUGCUAGACGUCUGCAAGGAAGGUUGUCGCAACCACACCGAUCUUCAAGUGACCAUCUGUUGUUGCGGUUCAGACCUUUGCAAUCUUCCUCCGGAGGAAAAGAAUCCUGAACAAAUCGAGGCAAGCACUGUAUAUGUGACGACUGAGCUUGUGGAGCAAGAAGAAAACCUAAGUGCGAACUCGACUGCAGUCUACACGACUGCGACAACCUCAGCAACUCUUCCUUAA